GGGCUGUGCUGGGACAUCGCUGUCCUCACGGAGACGCUGGCUGCGGGACACAGCCCUGUGCCGUGCCUUGACCUUGCACGAGAGCUACGGCACGGCGCCCGCCUGCCCGUCUCCGCCGGUGUUCCCUGCCAACCUUUGAGAUCUGCUGUUUACUCCCGAACCACCGGCGCAGCUAAUGACACGCUCGCUCUUAUCUGGUGCCCUUCAUCGGCGGACCUUGCCUUGUUUCACAAAGCAGGGUGGAGCGGCGUGGCACAGGCGGCACCGAUGGGGAAACCGGGGCAGGCGGGGAGGAAGCAAAUUCACAGAGGCCAUCCCAGGAGCAGCCUGGAUCGUUUUUCCUUGAACGAUCCUCCUUUCCCGCGUGAUGAGCAGCUUUUCCAGUCCCGCCCGGGGAAAGACCUGUUGCGCUACUGGGAUCCCUGCGAACUCAGGCACGGCCGCCCUGGGGUUGCCCACAGCACCGUGCGGCACCGCCAGUCCGGGCAGAUCAUGGUGCUGAAGAUGAACAAGCUGACGAGCAACCGGGGCAACAUGCUGCGGGAGGUGCAGCUGAUGAACCGCCUCUCGCACCCCAACAUCCUCAGGUUCAUGGGGGUGUGCGUGCACCAGGGGCAGCUGCACGCGCUGACGGAGUACAUCAACGGCGGCAACCUGGAGCAGCUGCUGGACAGCCCCGUGCUCCUCUCCUGGUCCACGCGCAUCCAGCUGGCCCUCGACAUCGCCCGCGGGCUGCGCUACCUGCACUCCAAGGGCAUCUUCCACCGUGACCUCACCUCCAAGAACUGCCUGGUGCGCUGCGAGGCCAGCGGCUACACGGCUGUGGUGGGUGACUUCGGCUUGGCGGAGAAGAUCCCCACCUACAGGUGCGUGGACGGUGUCCGUCUGUCCGUCCCCAUCUUCUGAGCAAGGGGAUCCAGCUCUCCGGGAGCAGAUGGGGAG